AUGCCUGACCAUGUUCAAUCAUGUGCUGCUCAGUCGGUAGUUGCAUCAUGGGCUAUUGGGGGUGGUGAUUUUUACUUUCCUGAUCAUGUUGGCUAUCCUAUUGGAGACGAUCUUGCGGUGAAGUUUGUUGUGAUGGAAAUUCACUACGACAAUCCUAAACAGCUGACAGGUACCGCACUAUGGACCAAGCACAUCCGCAAUGGAAAGGAACUKCCAGAUAUAAUCAAGGACGAACACUAUGACUUUAACUUUCAGGAAAGUCAGAUUCUCAAAAACGAAAGGCAUGUUUUACCUGGAGACGUYUUGAUGACACAUUGUCAGUUUGACUCCUCACAAAGGACAAAGCUUACAACGGGAGGACUGUCCACACGAGAAGAGAUGUGUUUGAGCUAUAUGUAUUAUUACCCUAGAGUUGAUUUUACAAAGUGCGUAUCGAGCGUUUACGGAAGUUAUCAAUUUGUARAGGAUUACAAGAAAAGGACGAACACAACCGUGAAAGACUGGACAAAAAUAGAAUGGAAGAAAGAAUGGACUGUAGACUUUAAGAAAGCCGAGGAAAAUCAAAAUUACACUCAAAUAAUUUGCGAGGGUAUGAAGGGUAAAGAUUUGGAUCCGGUGCAUGAACAAUUUUUUCCGAUUCCAUCUAUUAAAGAGGCCUUGCCUAAGCCCAAAGAUUGCAGUGUUGUUCCUACCACUAAACAACCUCGCCCAGAAUCUUUCAGCGUCAAAGCCAGCGUCUCCGGUCUCCUGUUGGCUACAGCAGUAUUUCUGGCAAACAUUGCUUAAUUUAAAGCGAUGUCGAGUGAGAAAGCAUUAUUUUAUGCUUCAAUGUURGAAAUAAGGCUUGAUCAGUUCCCACAAGUGCACGUUAUUGUUUUGUUUUCUUGUUUCAAUUACUGAUAUUAAUAUUACUACAUUACUAUUACUUUGGUAUCCAACAAAACAUGGGCUGUCAAAAAUCUAGCAUUCUGAUUAGCUUCUGGACUAUGGUAUAUUCAUGUUAUACCAUAGUUACAUCGUUACCAUAGUUACAUCGAAUGAUGCGAAAAUAAUCGAAAAAAAUUACGAGAGAAAUUGUUCUUUGCAGUCAUUGUUAAAUACGGCUUAUAGUUUGGUGGAUACUAAACAAUCAGACCGCUCGGACUCGUGAACUACGAGUUGAUACUCCUUUCAACGAAUUCGUCCUCGUGGACUAUCAACUCGUAGUACACUCGUCGUUGUGGUCUAAUUUUCAUAUAGUUUUAAUUUUUCCUGAGUUUAUUUAGCGAAUCCUGUCAUGCGUACCAAGCGUUGUUCGAGUAUAUUUGGUAGCAUCAUCAGUAUUAUAUUAUGUUAUACGAU